AUGCGCGGCUCACGUCACACCCGGGAGGCUGAAGACAACACCCAGCAAGAGUAUUUACACUUCUCGACGGUGUCGUCAGCGGGGGUCCUGGGCGCCCACCUGCUGUGCUCGCGGGUGCCCGGCCUCACGUACAGAUGCGUACAGAUGCGGCUCUGGCAGAGCCGCAUCUGUACGCGGGCGCCUGACGCCAUGGUGGCCAUCAGUGAAGGUGCGAGGGCGGGCCUGCGAGAGUGCCAGCGGCAGUUCCAGCAUCAUCGGUGGAACUGUUCCCUGGCGUCUACCAGCAGCAGCGCGUUCGGCCACAUCGUUCUUGUGGGGAGCCGCGAGGCCGCCUACACGUACGCGGUGACCAGCUCGGGAGUCACCCACAGCGUCACGACCGCCUGCUCCCGUGGCAACAUCACCUUUGGCUGUGACGACCGCAGGCGAGGGCGGUACAGUUCUUCCGGGUGGAAAUGGGGCGGCUGCAGCGCCGACAUUAGGUUCGGGGUCAGGUUCGCGAAGAAGUUCCUGGACGCCCGCGAGGUGGAGGGGGACGGCCGCGCCCUCAUGAACCUGCACAACAACCGGGCGGGAGGCAGGGCCGUGCGGAGCGGGAUCAGGACGGAGUGCAAGUGCCACGGCGUGCCGGGCUCCUGCACCGUCAAGACCUGCUGGAAGACCCUCCCGCCUUUCACCUUCAUCGGGAAGCACCUCUUCCACAAGUACAGGAAGGCAAAGUCCGUCUCAGUGCAUAAGGGCCGGAGAAGAUCCACGCCUCACCUGCGUCUGGAGAGGGUCAGGAGAAGAGCUCGACGGCCCCGCAAGUUUCAUCUCGUGCACUUGGAAAGGAGUCCCAACUACUGCCAGAUGAAUCCCGCGGUGGGUUCGCUGGGCACCGUGGGUCGCAAAUGCAACAGAACUUCGUCAGGGUCAGGUGGCUGUGACCUGCUGUGCUGCGCCGGCGGGUACAACACUCACCAGUACACACGCACAUGGCACUGCAACUGCAAGUUUCACUGGUGUUGUUACGUGCAGUGCCACACCUGCAUGGAGGACACCGAGGAGAACAACUGCAAGUGACCGUCCGUAGCGGGAGGCGGCGAGGCUGUGCUCUCCCGGCAGAGAUUCUUCAUUGGAGGGCGCGAGGGACAUAGUUUCGUUCAGCAUCGACAAGGUUCUUCAGUGACUGCGAGACAUCUCUGAGCGGUGACGUCGUACAAACACUCUGUAAUGGAUGGCAUUGCCUGAAACGCUGUGCUAGGUGGCCCGCGUGUUUACAACAUGGACGCCACCACCAAUGGUCUCUUCUCCCCUGAUGCGCAGACACGAACAAAGGUGAUAGGCUUUCUGCACCAUCAGUGGGUGUCCAGCUAAGGAUCCACACCAGCCAACCCUCAACAAGAACGACUGCCUUGUACCUCCCUAUGUGAUCUGCACGGGUCUGUGUUUUUGUCAGACGACAUUAGGUGCUGGUGUCUCCUCUGACCUGGCAGCGAAGCAUAAACCAACACACGCCCUCCAUGUAGCGGCGGCCAACACAACGCUUACUCCUGAGGCAGCUGUUGACGGAACACCAGUUGCGAGUAGUCUGACUAACACUUUUACGAGCUAUAUAAACAAUUUGGAUAUUCGUAAUCAGUGAUCUGUCUUGAGAUUUAUCAAGUGCUGUGAGAAUAUUUGCAUAUCAACGCUUUGCCAUGACGGAGCCUAAACAGUCUCUGCACAAACUGCAAGGCAGAAAGAAGAGCUUUUACAUAUGUUUUUUUACAAUAUUUACGUGAAAAUGGUAUAUCUAGAUCUUUUAUUAAUACUCUUGUGAUAUCCCUUUGUGACUCCCUUAGAUAACGUCUUUUGCUGUCACCACGAGUGACCGCCGGUGGAGCGACAUUUCUGACAGACCGACUAAUAUAUUCUAAACACAUCCCGACUUUAGAAACACAUCUACUGCCCUGUGUGUGUGUGUGUGUGCGUCCGUCCUUCCGUCCGUCCGACUGCUGCAAUAUUUUCAUGGUCCUCGUCAUUUCAGGGAUGAAGUGAGAUCUUUGCUAUAUUUGGAAUUUUAUUAUAUGACAAAUACAUACAUUCAUUGUUUCGAUAUGUCAUACAAAAGGCUGAUAUUCGGCAAACAACUGUAUUUACACUUAGAUGUGGCCUCAUAAUUGCGUCACAAACCACAGGCUGCAGCUUCACGGGCAUGACGGACGGGGCAACCAGUUUUCUACGACUGUUAUUUUUCCUCUGGCGAGCUGAGAUAACUUGGAAACUACAAACCUUGCUGUGAUGCCCAUAACACCCACGAGCGUGCUACAUGUAAGC